AUGAUUGCAGUCGAAUAAUUAUUUACUAAGCCUAUUCAAGAAAUUCAACGAGAAUAGCAAAAUCUCCAGAAAGAAAUUACUACUAAGAACAAGGAAUUAAAGGAUCUCUUCAGCUCCAAAUAUCACGAACUCCUCAACUGUGCUGAUCUACUUAAUGGCAUUAGUGAUUACACCAAAUAGAUUAUAACGAUUACAAAUAAAACAUAAUAAAACAUGAUGCAGAUUAAUGAAUCCAAUAACAACAAUAUCAAAUAAUAAUAGCAAGAUCUCAAAUGCAAAUCCUUUACGUAUUUUAUGAAAAAAGUGAAGUAAUCUAUGAAAAAUGGAUAUUGUUACAAUUCACAGAUAGCAUUAUUGUAUGCCUAGUAUAAAUAUUAAUUGAAUGAUUCUGAGCGAUUGUAUCCAAUCAUCCUAUUAGAAUAAAUAGAGUAAGAAUGCAAUCUCAAUAAUAUAAUUGAUACACUAUUGAUUCAUUAAAAUAAUCUAUCCGCAUUCUUUAACAAACUUAUUGAAUACGGAAGUUUGAAUUGUAAUAAUUUUAAAGCUGUAAUUGCUGAAAUAGAUUAAAUUCAUUCAUUUGACAAUUACACUUAAUUAAUACUCCUAAAAUAAAACUAUAUUUAAUUGACUAUUGAACAAAUAUAUGACAUACUCAUUAAUAAUCAAAUCCCACUCUUUUAAAUAGAUCAAUCCCAAAUCGAUAAAUUCAAACAAAAUGUAUUAUCAUAAACUAAAACUAUCGAAGUUUAAAUUUUAGAGAAACUAAUAUAGAAUAUUGUUUAAAAUGGUACAUUUAAUCAUGAACUUUAUUAAUCUAUAUAGAAAGAAUAAGGACUUAUUCCUUAAGAGAUGAAAAAUAAAACUGUCUAAAUUUGGAAGGAUUGGUUUGAUUCAGCAUUGAAAAAUCACUUUGAAUAAUUAUUUUAGAUCAUUGAGAAAGAAUAAAUCAAAUAAGAAAAGGAGUUCUUAGAAGUUUAUAAAGCUUAUCAAAAUAAAAUAAAAGAAAUAAAAGACAUCAGUGAUUUAAUAGAGAAAUUGCCACACGACGAAAUUGAAUACAAACAUUAGUAGUGUAUAUAGGAUUGUUAAAAAAUGGUUAAGGAAUAUUCGUAAUUAUUAAAUAAUAUAUUUGAGUAGAAUAAAGAUUCCUUUCUCAUAUGUUUUUAUUACAAUGUCUUAAUCUAUUAAUGGAAUGAAUAAUUACUGAAAUACCAACUCGAUCUAUAUUGUGAAUAGAACAAUUAAUGGGAUUUAAAGGAAAUAGACUAACUAUUAUUUUCCAUUUAUUAAUUACAGAAUCAAGAGAUUAAGAGAGAAACGAUCUCUCAGAUAAUCAAACUCAUGUUAUAAAAAGUGGACAUUUAAUUUUCGAUUGAAUACAGGAACUUGGCUACUGCUAUUCAUCCAGAGAAGGCGUAAGAAUAUUACUAGAAUCUGUUUAAGACUGGAAAGUUCAAUAAUAAGUCACUGAAGAGGACAUCAUUAAAUCUAGAAGGGAUAGAUUUAUCAUUAGAAUAACAUUUCCAUUACUACACCAUUAUAUAGCAACAGAAGUAAACUACAAAAGAUUAAAUAAAUGCUUGGACUUAGAAAGCCUAGGAAGUUUAACAAAAAUAGUAAUAAGAACCACAGUAAUAGACAAGGUUUGGUUUGAAUAUGUUUUGGAGAUGA